GAACGGAAGAGUGCAGGCGCCAACAGUCCAAGCCCCUACGCAGAACCAGGGCGAUGACGAUACGAGGGAGAUGAUGGAAUAUUUCCGCAAGAAGGUACGCAAGCAGAAACUGGAAGAAGAAAAAAGGGAGAAGGAAAUGGAGGAAAUGGAGGAAAGGAGGAGAAAGGAAGAAGAGGAGAGGAAGGAGGCAUAUAUCGUUUGAGAGAAGCGGAAGUGAGGGAAGCUCGCCUGGAAGCCAGGCUGGUACGACUGUUAUCACAACACACGAAGACGACGAAUACGAAUUUCACAGCUGUCAAGAAGAAUCUCCGCCGACCAAGGCAAGGAUGUUGAAGGAAAUAACCAGCUACCUGGAGGAAUCAGAAGACGAGAGCGAGGAAGUAAAAGAAGAGGCAGAGAGACUGAUACAAGCGAUCGAGAAGAGGAAAGGAAAGACGCGAAAGGAGGAACACGAGAUGAGAGUCUCUAGGGUGCAGAGAAGGGGGACAAGACCUGCUCCAAUCAUAGUCGAUGAUCCCGUGGAAGGAUUACGGACGCCACCAAGUACGAAUUGUGGAACGGGUGAAAUGCUCGACUACGCGCUAGAGCUGCAUCGGAAGUUUUCCGCCAAGAAGGUCCCAGAACUGAGGGACUUGUGCAGCUCCGAAGGGAUAGUGUGGACUAAACAUAAAACGGCUAUUGGCGAUCUCUUGAGGUGUCGGAUGAAGUUGGGAUUUGAGGGAACUCCAUCACAUUUAUGCGCAUUGUACGAUUUACCCAGGACGGGGGGCCACGUCAAAGCGAGACUGGAAGAAAUUCCUGGCAUUCCGACGUUUAUGAAGAACUCGAGGAACGUCACAUCUGGAUAUGAGGUGUCAGUAGAGCACUUGGAACAGUACCUGGGCUGUUCUUUGAAAGCAUGGACAGGUACGGCUAAUCUGAAGAUAAGCAGAGAAGAUGGACUGAAGUGUCUGACGAACCGGGGAUUCAAGGACAGUCAGGCGAUGACCUGCCGAGAAGUUUCCAGGUGGGUUGACACUUUGGAGAAGUUGGUGAGGGUGCCGAUAGAUCGCAACCCAGGGGCGACACUGGUCAUCUGCCCGGUGCUAUAUUUGCACGCGUGCAAGAUGACAUUCAACAAGAAUCACAGUUUCAUACCGGUACCUGAGACGGAGAUGCAGAUUCUGUCGAAGAUGAAGGACGAGUACAGAAGGAGGGAGCUUGGGAGUACUGCGAUGUGGGGGGCAGGCGGAAGAAUUGGGCAAGCCUAUGUCUUGCCUAAAGACAAGGAUUUGGACAGAUGGAGACCCAUAUCUCCAGCUGUCCAUGACCCGGCAAGGCUAGCCGGAGCAAGGUUGGGACGAGCGAUCAGAUACAUGCUGCUCGACUUCAAAGGGAUUUACCAUUUCGAUCUCAAAGCUACAUAUUCUUUGCGAAGCAGGUGCGAACAGAUACAGGAACAAUUCAGGAGGAGUGGGAUGGAUGCGAUCGCUAGGAGCUACGAUAUAAAACACAUAUUCGCUAGAUUGUCGCAUCAUGCGGUAAUGGAGUCGGUCAGAUGGUUGGUCAGAUACCACGAAGACAGAGGGCUUGUAGGGGUGCAAGAGCUGGAGGGGGAAGAUAUGUGCUAUGACAAGGGCCAGAUGAAAGCAAGAUGGAUUCGUUUUCAUGUCGUUCAGGAUGAUUGAACGGAGCGUGGAGUAUGAGCUAGACAACACAUAUGUGAGAUGUGGGGUGGAGAUUCUGAAACAGCAAUUCGGUAUUCCUAUGGGACGAAGCUCGAGACCGGCACAUGCGUGCCGGGUGUGUGCUAAGACCAAGAGUGAUUUCCUGACGAACCUGGGAGAGACGCGACGUUAGUGAAGGGAAACGGAAUGAUCGACGACAUCGCAGUAUUCGUUGCGUGCAACAUGCAGCAAGCAAGGUCAUACGAGAAGGCAGAACAGAUCAUGUCAGUCUUCGAAGGGAGUUACGAUCGCAAUUUGACACUGGUACGAAAAGACGAAGGAAAUAAUUCCUUCGAUUUUCUGGGGACACAGAUCAUCGUAUCCACGGAUCUAGUGACAGUACAUAUCUUUCCAAGAUCGAGAAAUCAAAUGCAUCUACUGAG